UAUAGCCCCAAACAACGCUUAAAUUUCAUUCUCUAAUUCAGUUUGUACAAAAUAAAUUCAGUAUGACAGUUCUUGGUACUAUGGACAAACCUCGACUUGAUCUGUUGUGCCCAUUUAUAUUACCUAUUGUAAUCAUACAUUCAUUUACAGUGCAGACUCGGGCGGAUUUGCAGCCUCUUCUUUCGCCGCUUCUCAAUCAGGAGUGUUUCAAUUGGGCUGAGCUGAAGAGUGGCUUCCGCAUGCACGAGGAGGCGUGUGAGUACUGGCACAACAAAAACACCAUCUACGACAUGGAGGGAGAGAAGAGCCUGGAGAUGGAGAGCCAGUGCAUGAAGGUCAUCGACAUGAAAAUGUUCUAUCAUGGUCGCUACGUGGGCAAGAUAGACUACGCUUCUCUCUCGUGGGGCUUCGACGUCAAGGUCUUCGACUGUCACGGAGUCAUGAUAGCCAGAGCGAAAGAGGAGACCUCGGACUUCUUCAUGAAUUCCUUCCGAGCUAGGACUGUCAUCACUUUGUACGACUACAGCGGAGAAGUAGUGGGUUACUCUUUGAGAAAUAACAUGGGAGGCACGACUAUAGAGUUGCAGACCCUUCAAGGGGAGGACAGUAUAGCGUGGAUGGCGGUGCGAAAGCAGCACGCCGCCUUCAUGUCCCUCUGCUCCAACCCUGAGUGGACUGUGAUGAACUUGAUGCAGUCCAACUCAGAGGCGGGCGACUUAGCAGACCCAGUCUAUAUCACAGCUCUGGUCGCAAUUGAGGGCAUGAAGCAGACAGGCGAUCAUGACAUGUGUACUUUCGUCUCAGUGGCGGGAAUCGUGAUUGCCUGUUUACUCGUCCUGGCAGUAGUAGCACUAGCAACUCUCAUUUUCAUUAGGUUGUACUCAAAUAUUCAACAAAACAUGAGUUCUUAAAUUUGUUUUAAUUCGUCAUAGUCAAUGAUGUAAAGAUUGUAAUUCUCAAACAAAUUAACUAAAACUCCACACUAAGCCUACUUAUUAUACCAA